AUGUAUGGCCGACGCUGUGAAGGGAAACAAAAGGGACUCCGCAAUGCCGCUAAGAUAGUUGGGUUCGUUCUUUUCUUGCUGGUGGUUGGUACAGUUGCGUAUGUAGUGGCAAAACAAAUAUCUAGUAAAUACCAAGCACCUUCUUCUUACCCAAGCCAAGCCCCAACUCUCAAACCUUUGCCACCACAAGUGCAAGCCUAUGCAUGGAUGCGUGAAGAUAGCAGCAAUGACCCUGGCAAGAAGACCCCACAAGCACAAGCCUUAGAAUGGUUUCUGGAAGAUCCAUACUUUGAAACAUACUCGGAUGUCAGAAUUCGACAGAGAUUGUCCAUGGCUACCUUUUAUUUUGCUACGGGAGAGUGGCGCCAGCAUACCGGUUGGGCCAACUGGACUUUGCAUGAAUGCGGCUGGUUUUCCAAAAAGGCCACAGGUGCCUGCGAUGAUAUGGACCAGAUGAUUCACCUGGCACUGUCGGAUAACGAUUUGGAGGGGACCAUCCCACCCGAACUCUUUUGGUUGACCAAUCUCCAGACCGUCAAUUUGUUUGGCAAUCGCAUCGACGGGGUCAUUCCCUCAGAAUUUGGGCUAUUGACGGAUUUGACAUCCAUCGAUUUGUCUGGAAAUUCAUUUACAGGGGUGAUACCAGGCAGUUUGAGUCAACUGGAAAGCUUGACCGAAUUGUAUCUCGAGUCCAACCAGUUGACCGGGCAUAUUCCCGCCUGGUUGGGGUCCAUGAGUCUAGAAUAUUUACGGCUCAAAGGCAACAAGUUUCGAGGAAUCAUACCGGAUGCAGUUUGCCCCAUUCAAAGUUUUUCCAUUGAUUGUACAGCGGAGAUUUUUGGGUGUGACUGCUAA